AUGGGAGACGACCGCCUGGAUUUCGAGCUCCCCGAGGAGGUUCUGUCGGUGAUUCCGAUGGACCCUUUCGAGCAGCUGGAUCUCGCGAGGAAGAUCACGUCAAUGGCGAUAGCUUCAAGGGUGACGAACCUGGACUCUGAGGUGGUGGAAUUGAGGCAUAAGCUUCAGGACAAGGAAAAUGUUGUGCGUGAGCUCGAGGAGAAGGCGUCUCGCCUGGAGAGAGACUGUCGUGAGGCUGAUUCCAGGUUGAAGACCGUCCUCGAGGAUAAUAUUAACCUAACAAAGGAGAAGGAUUCACUGGCGAUGACUGUUACAAAACUCACUCGUGAUUUGGCUAAGCUGGAGACAUUCAAGCGGCAGUUAAUCAAAUCCCUUAGCGACGAGAGUGGACAUCAAGCAGAACCUGUUGAUAUCAGGACAUGCGACAAGUCAGUUACUGGAUCAUAUCCAGGCAAAGAUCAAAGGACCAACGUACACUCAAUAAACCAUUCUUACAGUGGAUCUGCUGCAGACAUGAAAAACCCAAUUGCCGAAGCUUCAAAAUACACCGCAAACAAUUUUUCAAUGACACCAUACAUCUCUCCACGUCUUACCCCAACAGCAACACCGAAGAUCAUCUCCACAAGUGUAUCCCCUCGAGGCUAUUCUGCUGUGGGCUCUCCCAAAAGAACAUCGGGUGCAGUUUCUCCCACAAAGACAACAAUCUGGUACCCUUCAAGUCAGCAAUCGUCGGCUGCAAAUUCUCCACCCCGCAACCGUACUCUCCCAGCUCGUACACCUCGGAUGGACGGUAAGGAAUUUUUCAGACAAGCCAGGAGCCGAUUAUCCUAUGAACAAUUCAGUGCCUUCUUAGCUAACAUCAAGGAACUCAACGCUCAGAAGCAAACCCGAGAGGAAACUCUGAGGAAAGCAGAUGAGAUAUUUGGGGAAGAUAACAAAGAUCUGUACCUGUCUUUCCAAGGUCUUCUCAACAGAAACAUGCGUUAA